AUGACGCAAUACAUUCCAACUGAAAUUUUAGGAAAAGUAGGGCCAGAAGAAAUUCCUGAUUUGGAAGCUCCUAUAGAUUUACAUGAUUUCUUUGCAGAUUAUCCUUUAGCUCCGGAAAAGCAAAUUGUGCCAGAAAGUUGGAUUAGUCCUUACAACAAAAAAUUGAUACAUGACAAAGAUGUUGGAGGAGGAAAAUAUAUA